UAUCGCAAUCGAAAUCCAUACAUUCACGAUACACAAACAAUCUCCAUGGAAAUACAUUAAAAAUGUGUCCAACAAUCUUGCAUAAAUGUAGGAGCGUGGCUUUGAAAGCAAGGUGCGAUACGAGGGCUAUUGAAACAGGAGUAGUGGAUGAUAUGACUGGUUUCAUGUUUGGGAAAAUGAAAGCAACUGAUAUGGCUCAUACGGUAUGGCGGCACAUUGUUAGAGGAGGAGAUUUUGUGAUUGAUGCCACAUGUGGCAAUGGGCAUGAUACCUUGGCACUGGCAAAAAUGGUACGUGAAGAAUCGAGAAAGGGGCUUGUUUAUGGGAUGGAUUUGCAGCAAUCUGCCUUGCAAAAUACUUCUGCGUUAUUAGAUUCCACACUUACACCCAUUGAGAGGGAACAGGUCAAACUUUUUCCUUUGUGCCAUAGCAAAAUGGAAGAGCUGGUGCCUGAAGGUGUUUCUGUGAGGCUUGUUUUCAGGCUUGUAGCUUUCAACUUAGGCUACCUGCCUGGAGGCAAUAAAGAGAUAAUUACAACAUCUAAAACUACAUUGCUAGGUUUGGAUGCUGCUGCCAGGGUCUUGAGUUCAGGUGGACUAAUCAGCAUCAUGUCAUAUGUUGGGCACCCUGGAGGCCGGGAAGAGUACGAGGCUGUAAGAAGUUAUGCUUCUAAUUUGCCAGCAACAAUGUGGGUUUCUAGUGAGCAUGACAUACUAAAUCGUCCUUCUGGGCCAGUGCUCAUCUUUUUGUUCAAAAGAUGACAGAUGUUAGCAAUGCACUGUGGGUAAAAUUAGAUUCACUGGGUUCGCUGUCACCAAAAGGAAAAAAAUAUUUGUUUCUAGCAAUUUUUGUAUGUUAAAUGGGUAUGGUAUUCUAAGGUGCUGCUUAUAUUUCUACUGAGGAGAUGAAAUAUGCAGAUAGUCGUUCAAGCUUUUAAUCAAGGUUGCCAACACCUCAUCUAUUCACUUGGGUUGUUUCACAACUGCAAGCAAAAGUACAUACCUUUUGUUUCUUAUGAUGCCUGUGAUUUUCUUGAAGUUUGCUAGGAUUUAGUAGAACCUAUCUGAAGGUACUACUACCAUCUAGCAUUUAGCUUUAAUCUUGUACCCAAAAUCAAGGGCUAACCAAUUGGAGAUCUGUUCAAAUUUUUUA